AUGGAGUUCAACGCAAAUGUUUGGUUACCAUGGUUGAUUCUUGGUGACUACAACAAUGUUCUUAAAUUUGAUGAGAAAUGUAAUGGGGCGGACGUUACCCCUUAUGAAAUCAAGGAUCUCACAAAUUGUUGCCUUCAUGUGGGUCUCACGGAUGUGUGCUCCAUUGUUUGUUAUUACAAGUGGACUAAUGGUUCAGUUUGGAGCAAAAGUGAUAGGGCAAUCGUCAAUGAUAUUUGGGUGCAAAAUGGGGCGUACGUUGAUGCAAAUUUUUUACUUUCCGGAUGCCUUUCCGACCACUCCCCUUGCAUUGUUUCUAUUCAUGAUCGUGUUGGGAGCGCUAAAACACCUUUCAAGUUUUUUAACAAACGGACUAAGCAUGAGGACUUCCAUGAUCUUAUUCAAGCUUCUAUGAAUUUUAAUAUCAAAGAAACUCUUUUUAGGAUUGAAGAUGAUAAAUCUCCCAGGCCGGAUGGGUACACUUCAUGUCUUUUCAAGAGCGCAUGGGGGUGUAUUGAACAUGAUUUUGUGGAGGCUAUCAUGGAAUUCUUUUCAUCGGGUUCCAUCCUUAAACAAAUCAACCAUGCGGUCAUUGCUUUAGUGCAAAAUUCAAGUCAUAAUCCGAGUUUUGGGGAUUACAGACCGAUAUCUUGUUGUAAUGUGAUCUGUAAAGUGAUAACAAAAACCCUUGCAUCUAGAUUGAGGCCUAUCUUGGGGGACAUUGUGGACCAAGCACAAACCGCUUUCAUUGAAUGUAGGAGUAUGACGGAAAAUAUACAUCUUGCUCAAGAACUUUUGAGACAAUACAAUAGAAAGAGGGUCACUUCGAGAUGCCUCCUAAAAAUUGAUAUAAGGAAAGCUUAUGACUUGGUAAGUUGGGACUUUCUCAAAAGUGUACUUGAAGGGUUGAAUUUUCCUUUGAGAUUUACUCAAUGGGCUAUGGAAUGUGUUACCUCUCCAACAUAUUCCGUUGCUUUGAAUGAGAGUAUGCAUGGAUUCUUCAAAGGCGGGAAAGGUCUUCAGGAAGGUGAUCCACUUUCCCCUUUUUUGUUUGUGCUUUAUCUUGAAUAUUUUUCUAGAAUGAUCAAGGAUGCUACAAAUGAUAGUGAUUUUAAUUAUCACCUGAAAUGUGGUCCCCUGAAGAUAACUCACUUGGCUUUUGCGAAUCACUUGACGCUCUUUGCAAGGAGAGAUGCUAUGUUAGUGGAAAUUCUCAUGAAUUGCCUUGAUAACUUUGGUUUAGCAUCGGGUUUGAAGAUCAACACUUUGAAAUCCAGCUUAUAUACGACUGGGAUUUAUGGGUUUGAACUUCAAAGAAUUGUGGAACUCUCAAAUUUCUCGAAGGGUACUAUGCCUUUUUGCUACUUUGGUAUUCCUCUUGCUUCGGAAAAGCUCAAAGUGAGUUCAUAUGCUCCAUUCCUUGAUAAAAUUGCAGCUUAUAUUGGAGCUUGGAAUUGCUCAUCUCUUUCUUAUGCCAGUAAAGUGGAACUCAUUACGGCGGUGUUGAAUCGUUACUUGCUAAAUCCCUUUGGAACAUACAUCAUAAAAAGGACACUCUUUGGAUUCAGUGGAUUCAUCAAGUAUAUCUUAAUGGGACUUGCAUUUGGGAGAGACAUAUUGUGCGAAAAGGGAGCUGCCCAACAGAUUUUUCCUAACGGACAGCUUGUUCCAUCUGGGCAGAUGGACAAUAGAAUUAUACUACCUCGGUCUGCUGGUUUAGCCCUAAAUUACCAUGCUAGGCACCCGCAGAACAUGGGCCAAACUGGGUAG